UGUAUAGCGGACAAUUGUAACUCAAUCAACGACUCCGUCGGCACUAUUUAGCCGGUAUUUGUUGACAAAAGUAAACGUCUGGAUUUCUUUGUGCCCGAUGUGUGUCGCUCACUAUACGUCAUAUUUCAAGAAAAGGCGGUACACAAAGGCAUCAAGACUUAUAUAUACUCAGCGCCGGACGGCGUAAUGGCCGGUUCGGACACGAAUCCCGAUAACGAGUGUUUCUGUGUGAACGACAACACAGACCACUGCCGACUGGACGGCGUGUACGACAUGAGCGCCUGUCAGCACGACAUACCCAUCAUCGUAAGUCUCCCGCACUUCUUGGGCGGCGAUAAACGCAUCACUGAUCGCAUCGAAGGUCUCAAACCAGACCCAAAGUUUCAUAGACCAGUCAUUCACGUCGAACCGACAUUAGGUGCAGUCAUUCACGGGGACAGCAAACUACAAAUGGCCAUAAGAGUGCCUAAGAAUGACUACAUUAUAGGUUUUGAAACCCCCAACAAUGACCGCUACAUUCCCCUCUUCUGGGCUAUAAGUAACACCAAGUUGUUAUUCAAGAGAGAUCCGAAACAUUUGAACACCAUUAGCAUAAUAUUACUAAUGUUUAUAUCAUUGGAAUUGUUGGGCCGAUCAUACGUUCAGUCCGUGUUUUACAAUAAGAUCGGUCUUCGGCGACACAAUACGGGCAUAACUAAGGAGUUCUCAACCGCUAAGAAGUUCUUUUGGCUCAGAAACAGCUUGUAUUCAAUGUCCAUAUUUAUUCUGAUGAGGUGA